AUGACCAAGGUUCUUCUGAUCGAGAACAGUCUCAGCUUUGCUGAACAGGCGUCGGCCAUACGAGACUUCGGUAUCAACGUCUUUCACGCGAUGAACCGCACGUGCGUCGAUUCCUGUCCCAGCGAUGGAGGCCAGCUGGUCAUCAACUACUGCUUCUACUCGGAGCCGCAGGCGGGCUCAUCCAACGGCACGGAAAGCGCGUCCCCCGAGAGCGUCACGUACGGUUCGUCGCUGUUCGAGAGCGUGUCACGAGACCUGGAGGCGGCCUGGCCCGAACUGCUCGGCAUCUGCGGUAUUGCCCUCGCUCUGUCCGUGUUGCUGCUGGUCAUCCUGCGGUUCUUCGCCUGGUUGAUUGUCUAUCUGGUGGUGGCUGUCGUAGUAAUUGGAGCUUUCGUCCUGACUGGGUUUUCUUUGGUACAUGUACUUCGACAGCAAGAAUGCAGCUGA